UAGGUGUCCCGUCAUGACGUCAGAGAUAGGCAAACAAACGCGCGAGCGCUCAGGUUAAGGUAAAGUUUAGUUAAAGACAAACUUUGUGUCCGUCCGUGAGGAGAAUGUCUGUGAGCUUUCUGCUGGAGAGAGACACGGCCAUGUACGGCAACCCCGCGAGACACCUGAACCUCGCCCAGCCUCACCUGAACGUCUACCCGAACGCCCCGUACCCGGACUACAGCGGAUAUCCCCCUGUUUCUGCCCUCGGCAAUGACCUCCAUCACACCGGGAGCGCGUGGAGUUCGGGGUUCGGCCUGCGCGAGGACUGGCCGCAGCUGUACGGGCACGGGACGGGUCACGGCGUGGAUGUGAACGUCAUUCCGCCGGUGGAACAGGGGCUGUUGAGCGGCGGACCGAGCGCGCCGGCGGAGAGGGAGGAAGCGCAGGACUGGAUGAGGCGCGCUCUCGCGAACACGGGUGGAAUGACAGGUGCAAAGACCCGGACGAAAGACAAAUACAGAGUGGUGUACAGUGACGUUCAGCGUCUGGAGCUGGAGAAAGAAUUUCAUUUCAGUCGCUACAUCACCAUCAGAAGGAAGGCGGAGCUCGCUGUGGCUCUCUGCCUAUCAGAACGACAGGUGAAGAUUUGGUUCCAGAACAGACGAGCUAAAGAAAGAAAGAUGAACAAGAAGCGACUGCAGCAGGUUCAGCAGACGGCACAGCCCGGCCCAUCCGUCCACAGCAGCGUCGCCAUGGUUACCAGCACCAACAACACUUUAAUGACAGACAAUCAUAUAUCCCCUUCCAUCAAAGAGGAAUACUGAGAGAACUGAAGAUAAACAGUGAAUCUUUCACAUUGCACUACACACACAUGUUUUAUUGUGAAUAAAGCACACAGUAUUUCAAUAUUUUGUAAAGAAUGAAGAUGAUGUCAGUUCUUGAUGCUGAAUAGAGUUCUUAAUGGAUGUCUGUAUAUUGAGCGCUGAUAUCACCACUUUUCUAUGUAUAUUUGAUAUCUACUGAAUCAACAAAUGUUUACUUUUUUGUUUAUCGUUGCUUCCUAAAAGUUUUUUUGGGGCAGAUCACUAAACCAGUAAAACUUUUGAAGUGAUGCAAAAUUCUGCAUUUGAAUGGAAUGCUAACAUGUUCAUGUCCACGUCAUCUUUCUAAUAAAAACAAAGUUUUUUUAGGG